UCUCGCUCGCUCGCUCGCUCCAACGGUCAAAAUCUUCCUCUUCUUUCUCCGUUCCUUCAAUUGUCUGAAUUUCUGGUUCGAGAUGGUUCCUUUAGUCUUGUUAGUCCUCCUGCUGUGUAGCUCCGGCGUUGUCGUGUCCUCUUUGAACACCGAGGGCUAUGCUCUGCUUUCGUUCAAGCAGUCCGUUUAUGAAGACCCAGAAGGGUCUCUCGGUAACUGGAACUCCUCUGAUGAGAACCCUUGUUCUUGGAAUGGGGUCACCUGCAAAGAGGGAAAAGUCGUGUCCGUGAGCAUUCCCAAGAAAAGGCUUUAUGGGCUUCUGCCUUCUGCACUUGGGUCGCUCUCUGACCUUCGCCACGUUAACUUGAGGAACAAUAAGUUGUUUGGGAGCUUACCCUCUGAGCUCUUUCAAGCUCAGGGCCUACAGAGUUUGGUGCUGUAUGGGAAUUCCUUAUCUGGGUCCCUGCCAAAUGACAUUGGCAAGCUCGGGUACCUCCAGACUCUUGAUCUGUCUCAGAAUAUGUUCAAUGGCUCUAUACCCAUUUCCAUUGUUCAAUGCAAGAGACUCAAGACCCUUGAUCUCAGGCAAAACAAUUUCACCGGCUCGCUUCCGAUUGGGUUUGGGGUCAAUUUAGUUGCUCUUGAAAAACUUGAUCUUUCGUUCAAUAGGUUCAAUGGGUCAAUUCCUAGUGAUAUGGGGAAUUUGUCCAACUUACAAGGAACUGUUGAUUUGUCUCACAAUCUGUUUGGUGGUUCUAUCCCGGCUAGCCUCGGAAAUCUUCCAGAGAAGGUUUAUAUUGAUCUGACCUACAACAAUUUAAGUGGUCCAAUACCCCAAAAUGGUGCUCUUAUGAAUCGAGGACCAACUGCGUUUAUUGGAAAUCCUGGGCUUUGUGGCCCCCCAUUGAAGAAUCCAUGUUCUUCGGGUACUACAGGUGCAUCUUCUCCUGCAUCGUAUCCCUAUUUGCCAAGUAAUUACCCACCUCAGUCAGAUGACAGUGCAAGGAGCAGCGGAAAAGCUAGAGGGUUGAGCAAGAGUGCUAUAACUGCAAUAGUAGUUGGUGACGUGGUUGGAAUUUGUGUUGUUGGGCUGCUAUUUUCGUAUUGUUAUUCGAGGAUUUGUGUACGCAGUCGCACCAAAGAUGAUAAUGUCUAUGGAUUUGAGAAGGGCCGGAGGAGAAGGAAAGAGUGCUUGUGCUUCAGGAAAGAUGAAUCUGAAACUUUGUCUGAACAUGUCGAGCAAUACGAUCUUGUGCCGUUGGAUUCUCAGGUAGCUUUCGAUCUGGAUGAGUUGCUUAAAGCAUCGGCUUUUGUUUUAGGGAAGAGUGGAAUUGGGAUUGUAUACAAAGUUGUGCUCGAAGAUGGGCUGACCCUUGCUGUGAGAAGGUUGGGUGAGGGAGGGUCUCAAAGGUUCAAGGAAUUUCAGACGGAGGUAGAAGCAAUAGGGAAGUUAAGACAUCCCAAUAUUGUAACUCUUAGGGCAUACUAUUGGUCUGUGGAUGAAAAGCUGCUUAUUUAUGACUACAUUUCUAAUGGAAGUCUUGCCAGUGCACUUCACGGAAAAGCUGGAUUGGUGUCUUUCACGCCCUUGCCAUGGUCUCUGCGAUUGAGAAUCAUGAAAGGAAUAGCGAAAGGUUUGGUCUAUCUUCAUGAAUUCAGCCCCAAAAAGUAUGUUCAUGGAGACUUGAAGCCAAACAAUAUACUUCUUGACCAAAUUAUGGAGCCCCACAUAUCCGAUUUUGGGCUUGGGCGUCUUGCCAAUAUCGCGGGAGGCUCUCCUACCCUACAAUCUAACAGGAUGGCAAGCGAGAAGCCACCAGAAAGAAUCCAAAAGAGUACGUCCUCAGAAGUUUCUACAAUUAUCUCAUCAGCAAACUUGGGAUCGAACUACCAGGCUCCUGAAGCAUUGAAAGUCGUGAAACCGUCGCAGAAGUGGGACGUCUUCUCUUUCGGGGUCAUCUUACUGGAGAUGAUCACGGGAAGGUAUCCUAUCGUUCAGGUGGGAACUGCGGAAAUGAACCUGGUCCAUUGGAUCCAGUUGUGCAUCGAAGAGAAGAAACCACUUUCGGAUGUCCUAGACCCGUACUUAGCUGAAGACGCAGAUAAGGAGGAGGAGAUAAUAACGGUUUUGAAGAUUGCGAUGGCAUGUGUCCAUAGCAGCCCCGAAAGAAGACCCGCAAUGAGGCACGUCUCUGAUGCUCUUGAUAGAUUGGCCAUACCAACUGAUUGAUAUAUUAUUCACCCGGCCGAAAAGCUUAACCUGAAUGAUCAGUGAAGCUUGUUGUCUCAACCGGACGAUUUCAUGAUGAGCUCCUGUUUGACAAUAGAACCGAGAACAUCCCUUGCUUUGGAACGUGAGCGUAAGAAAUUUUUUGCUGGUGUUCUGCCUGAGGGGGCUUCAAAUCAAGACCUGGACCGCCUGGACCACUGUAAAAUUAUUCGUUUUAUUUACCGUCUUUGCAUGAGGUAAUGGGGGCUGUAGUGUAGGUAGCUCAGCUAGGUCAGGCCAUCAUCCUGCUAGAGAUUGCAAUUUGUUUCUGAAUGGCUUGGUUGUUUCUGCUGCACGUGAUUGCGAAACCCUCCUUGUUUCUCUUGUUUGUUUCUCCUUGUUUUCAAGAAUCUGUAUGUUCAUCCA